GAACCGAAAUUCUAAAAAGGAGAUAAAAACUGGGGCAGCUAAUUGCUGCGCAUGGCUUUUGAAGAAUACCAAAGGACAUGCUUUAGACAUGCCCUUUUUUGAGAAGCCAAUAAAGCAUUAACAAAAAAAAAAACUUUUUCAGACCCCACAAGGAGGGAAACCCAACAUGGCCUUAUAAAGGCAAUCAUAGUGGCGUAAAGAAUCAUAUCCGGUGGGCUGCGUGUGAAAUCAACAAUGGAGGCCGGCUGAAUGACCGGGAAAAAUAAUUUAUCAUGAUUCCCUCGUGCUCACAUGCCGCCCACAUGAAUAUGAUGUCAGCUUUUUCCCCCAAUUGCUUUGAAAUUAGGCUAGCAAUAUAAUUUUUUCUUAAAAGUAAAUGGUUCUUCACACAAAAUACAAUAGGCGAUAAGAAGGAUCAACAAGAGCUGCAUAUCUUCAUCACAUACAGAAGUAUGGCGCAGGCUAAAUCAGCUGUGCAGGUGCCUUGUGUCCAGGAGUUGGCUAAGGAGUCAAGCGUCACUAUUCCACCCCGAUACAUCCGUCCUGAGCAGGAGCAAGCUAUCAAAUGGGAUCCCUCUCACGAAGUCCCAGUCAUCGACAUGCAACGCUUGUUAUCUGAAGAAUUUAUGGAUUCUGAACUGGGCAGGCUCCACUGUGCCUCCAAAGAAUGGGGUUUCUUCCAGCUGGUAAACCAUGGAGUGAGCUCUUCAUUGCUGGAGAACGUGAAGACACAAACAUUGGAGUUCUUCAACAUCCCAAUGGAAGAGAAGAAGAAGUUUUGGCAGAAACCAGGAGAUGUAGACGGAUUUGGACAAGUUCACGUUUUAUCAGAGGAGCAGAAGCUAGAUUGGGGUGACAUGUUCUACAUUAAGACACUCCCUAUCAAUAUGAGGAAACCCCAUUUAUUUCCCAAGCUCCCCCUACCAUUUAGGGACACCGUGGAACAUUACUCAUCAGAAGUGAAAAAUCUAGCCAUGUUUAUCCUGGCACAGAUGGCAAAAGCUCUAAAGAUGGAAUCAGAGGAAAUGAAAGAACUGUUUGAAGAUGGUGGCCAAUCAAUGAGAAUGAACUAUUACCCAGCAUGUCCGCAACCGGAGCAAGUCAAUGGAAUUAGCCCCCAUUCGGAUGCGACUGGUCUGACCAUUCUCCUGCAGCUAAAUGAAGUAGAAGGUCUUCAGAUUAGGAAAGACGGCAUGUGGGUUCCUCUGAAGCCUGUCUCGGGCGCCUUCAUUGUCAACAUUGGAGAUGUCUUAGAGAUUGUGACCAAUGGGGAAUAUCCUAGCAUUGAGCAUCGAGCAAUCGUAAACUCUGCAAAAGAAAGGCUCUCCAUAGCCAUGUUUCAUAAUCCAAGAAUUGGGGGUGAAAUAGGACCAUCACCCAGCCUAAUUACUGAACAGACACCAGCGCAGUUUAAGAGAGUGGGAGUUCGCAAUUACUAUGACGGCCUCUUUGCUCGCAAGCUUGGUGGAAAAGGUUACCUUGAUGCCAUGCGCAUAUGAAAUGUUGAAGGCCAAAAAAAUUAGUUGAUAAAAAGAAUGUAAUAAUAGUUGGUCAUAAGAGAAAAAUUAUGCUACUAAAACCAAAUGAGUGAUGCAGCAUUUCAUGACAAAAUGAAGCGGGUUCUAUUGUAAUGAGCAGAAUAUUGUUGAUUAAUGAAUAAAACUAUUAUCUUACAGAACUA